AUGGACCCAUCCGACUUCCGCUCGACGGUGCUGUCGCGCCAGGAGAACAGCAGCAGCAGCAGCAGCCGUCACCGCGACAUUGAGAUUCUCAACCCCGAGCAGGCCGACGUGGUCUCCUCGGCCUCGACCGCUUUGCCAGCCUCGUCCUACCCAUCGCGUCCUAUCGCCAGCAAUAGCCAUAGCCAUAGCAAUAGCAACAGCAACAGCAACAGCAACAGCAACAGCAACAGCAGUAACAGCUCGCACCACCACCAAUACAGCCACCACCAGUCGCACCCCCUGCGAUCCAGCCACGCUGCCUCGCCGCCGGCCGACAGAAACAGCUAUGCCAACGGCACGUCUCACCGGCCGCCUCCGUCAGCCUCGCCCGUCUACGAAUACGCAGUGCGUCCCCGCUCGCCGCUGCGGCCGGCCGGCCAUUCCGUGUCGCUGGCGCAGCGCGAAAAGGCGUCCGGCAGCUUCUACGACCCGACGACCGACAGGACUACAACCGUGACAGCAGCCACGGCCAGCUCGCGUCGGCCGUCCGAAACGGGGUCUCGUCGCAUCAGCGAGAAAGAGGCUGCAGCUGCUGCAACUGCUGCAACCGUUCAGCAUCGCGACGCGUACCAAUAUCCAUCGCGACCUCAAUCUGUAGGCGAUCGCUCGCCCUACUACGGCACAUCCCACAAAUCGCCCACUGCUGCCCCCGCCUCCUCGAGAAGCCCGGUCACCCAUUCACGAAAGCUCUCUGCCUCUGGCACAUUGUCGUCUGCCAUAUCUGACUCUGUCAGCAUCUCAACCCACCCACCACUACAAAUGGCUUCUCCAUCUUUGGGCCACCGCCCGCUGUCUCUGGCUGGCUCGCCACCUCCAAAUGGCACCGCCACCUCCAUACCCUCGCUUUCUUCAUUUUCCAAGGCUGAGUCCCCGGCCACAAACAAGGCAGCUGCGCCUACAAGUACGCCCAAGCGCACUGCCGACCUAAUGUCCUUCUCCAACAUUCUCUCCAACGCCGAGCCGGCGGUCGAGAAGCCACGACCCAAAUCACCACCCCCCGCUGAGGACGACUCUGAACAUAACAAUACUGCCCGGGGCGUUCGGGUCCUGCGCUUGGACAAGCCAGAGGACAAAAAACCACGAGGUGGCCGACGAGUGGCCAAACAUCGCGUGUCCAGUGUCAAGGACAGGGACAUGGACUUGGAUGCCUCGCUGGUAGACAUCGCCCCAAAGGCGUCGCGGCGCUCCUCUGUGAAAGCCAAUGUCACAGAAGCACGUGUGCCAGCGAAGCGACGGGUGAAUGGCCAGCAGAAGAAAGCCACCCCGUCACCCUCCGUCACAGCAGAGCGGGAGAAGAACAUCCAGACCUUUUUGAACAAGCUGGACGAUGAAAUGGAAGACGUCGACACCUCCGAAUUCGACGAAGAAGAAGAGAUCUGGCAAGAGCGCUUUCGGCGGCGGAAAGUGCAGAUGGCCACCACCGAAGCUGAAUUGCACUGUCUUCGCCGCACCGAUUUGUCCGACACCUUUGCCAAACGGCUCGAAGACCAUGGUUAUCUCGGCACCAAGCGUUACUACGAAAUCUACUAUGACGAGGCUUUGCAGGAGGUGCGCGAACAAGAGCUCUUUGCCGAGAAAGAACGGAAGAAGGACAUGCAACGGAAGCGGCGGCGGGAGAAGUCGAUGGCUGUCACCCUGGAGCAAAAGAAGGAUGCUCUGGCCCGCGCUGCCCUCACCCAGGACGAGAAUGAGCGCCAGAAGCUGCUGCGCGAGGCCGAGCGGGCUAACAAAAAGGCCCAGCAGACGAAGCUCAUUCUGCAAAAGGGCAUCAAGGGGCCCGUCAGAAAUGUGACCACCAUGGAUCUCAACCUUGAGGGCGGCACCAUGUCUACAUUUGAAAGCACCGAGCUCGACGCGGGAAAGACCAAGGCCAAGGGACGCGGCGGCUCGCGUCCGAAGAAAUCCAAGGAGCAAAAGCAGCAAGAGAAAGAGAACGCCGAAGCUGCCCAGGCCGCUCUUGAUGCCGGCGAGGACUUGCCCAGCAAAGAGGAGACGUCCAAGAUCCGCAUCAAGUUCAAGAAGGGCUCGAAUGCUGCCGGCGCUAACGGCGCAUUGGGCAAGGACGACGGAACCAGCAAGGACGACAUCCAUUCGAACAAGGAAAAUGCCGAGCCCAAGUCUUCCCGAGGCAAGGACAAAGACAAGGACAAGAUGGCCAUUGUCGAUGCACCGAAAGAUCCGCUGGAGAUCAAGUUUCAGUCCAAGGGCUUCAACCAAAUCUACGACCAGAUCUGGCGCGACAUGGCUAGGAAGGAUGUCAGCAAGACGUUCCGCAUGGCCACCGACUCCUACUCCACAAAGGCUUCGAACUUGAAGAAGACUGCUCUUCUUGCCUCAAAGGAGGCGAAGCGGUGGCAGCAGCGCACUAACAAAGGCAACAAGGACCUGCAGGCCCGCGCCAAGCGUGUCAUGCGCGAUAUGAUGACCUUUUGGAAGCGCAAUGAGCGCGAGGAGCGCGACUUGCGCAAGGCUGCCGAACGCCAGGAACUCGAAAAUGCCCGGAAGGAGGAAGCUGACCGCGAAGCCGCUCGCCAAAAGCGGAAGCUUAACUUCCUCAUCUCCCAGACGGAACUGUACUCUCACUUCAUCGGCAAGAAGAUCAAGACUGACGAAGUCGAGCGCAGCACCGAUCACCCUGACGAAGCCGCAAAGGAGAGCGCCAAGGCGGCUGCGUCGGGAACCAGCCACGGCGCAAACCUGAGCUUGGCUGCGUCCAACGGUGCGGUCGGCUCCAAGGUCACCAACUUUGAAAACCUCGACUUUGACGAUGAGGACGAGACCAAGCUUCAUGCUGCUGCCGUGGCUAAUGCACAAAACGCCAUUGCCGAGGCACAACACAAGGCUCGCCAGUUCAAUAACGAGGACGAACCGGCCCCCGCCGGUAUGGAUAUGGAUGACGAGGGCGAGAUGAACUUCCAGAACCCCACCGGUCUAGGCGAUGUUGAGAUUGAGCAGCCGAAGCUGCUCAACGCACAGCUCAAGGAAUACCAGCUCAAGGGUCUGAAUUGGCUGGUGAACCUGUACGAACAGGGUAUCAACGGUAUUCUUGCUGAUGAAAUGGGUCUGGGAAAGACUGUGCAGUCCAUCUCCGUAAUGGCGUAUCUUGCUGAGAAGUACGACAUCUGGGGUCCCUUUAUCGUUGUUGCUCCUGCUUCGACGCUGCACAACUGGCAGCAGGAAAUUAACAAGUUUGUGCCGGAAUUCAAGGUGUUGCCAUACUGGGGCUCUGCCGGCGACAGAAAAGUCCUGCGCAAGUUCUGGGAUCGCAAGCACUCCAUCUACAAGAAGAAUGCACAAUUCCAUGUGCUGGUCACGUCCUACCAGCUGGUUGUGUCUGACGUCGCCUUCAUGUCUAAGAUGCGCUGGCAGUACAUGAUUCUCGACGAGGCACAGGCCAUCAAGAGCUCUCAGAGUUCUCGUUGGAAGGUGCUUCUCAACUACCACUGCCGCAACCGUCUGCUUCUUACGGGUACCCCGAUCCAGAACAACAUGCAGGAACUAUGGGCUCUGCUGCAUUUCAUCAUGCCGUCCCUCUUCGACUCCCACGACGAGUUUAGCGAAUGGUUUUCCAAAGACAUCGAGUCGCACGCGCAGAGCAAUACCAAGCUGAAUGAAGAUCAGCUUAAGCGGCUGCACAUGAUCCUGAAGCCCUUUAUGCUCCGUCGUGUCAAGAAGCACGUGCAGAAAGAGUUGGGUGACAAGAUUGAGCUGGACAUUUUCUGUGAUCUGACGUACCGCCAACGUGCCUACUAUGCCAAUCUUCGCAACCAAAUCAGCAUAAUGGACCUAAUCGAGAAGGCUACGACAGGGGACGAGAACGACUCCAAGACGCUCAUGAACCUGGUCAUGCAGUUCCGAAAGGUCUGCAAUCACCCGGACCUCUUCGAACGUGCCGAUACGACGUCGCCUUUUGUCAUGAGCUACUUCGCCGAGACAGAAUCGUUUAGCCGCGAGGGUGCCAUCAUUCCUGUCGGCUACUCGACCCGCAGUCUGAUCGAGUACGAUGUGCCGCGCAUAGUCGCAUCCGAGGACGGACGCAUCCACAUGCCCGGCCGAAACAACGCAGUGGCUGGUUUCCGCAACAAGUACCUGAAAGAGCUGAUGAACAUCUGGACACCCGAAAACAUCCGCGACAGCUCCAGCAAGGACGAGGCCUUCUCGUGGCUGCGAUUCGCUGACACCAGUCCAGGCGAGGCGUACCAAGCAUCACACCGCGAUAUUUUCGACCGCGGCGUCGAUAUCGCCACGAAGCACGCUUCCACUCCAGGAUUGUCGUCUCGUCUGGAUCGCCUGAAGGUGGUCUACGACGAUGACGAUGACAAGAAACAUGUUGGUAGCAAGUCGUCCCGGUCCGGAUACACUCCAAAACAUGCGCUCUUCCAGAUCAGGGAGCGCAAUGGCCUUGCCGCACUUGCCGACAUUACGACCGAGGGUGUGCUGCAUUCGCUCAUGAAUGUUGCCCGCACCGCGUACGACAACACGGGUCUGACCCGUGUCGAGCAGGCUGGGCGCAACAGCGCGUCGGCACCUCCGAUCGAGCUGACCAGCAGCAGCCGAAGGACUGCGAUAGAACGCCAGGACUUGCUCUUCAACAUGCCCAUGCGGCGGGUGCUGUUUGGGCCCAACCCGGCAGAGGAGAAGGCCCUGGUGUUGCAGCAGGUGCCAUGGAACCGAUACCCGUCGACGUCUCUACUGCCAGCACCGGAUGUGGAGAAGAAGCGGUUCACAAACAUCUCCGUACCGUCGAUGCGACGGUUCGUGACAGACUCAGGCAAGCUGGCGAAGCUGGAUGAUCUGCUGUUCAAGCUGAAGGAAGGCGGGCACCGCGUGCUCCUGUAUUUCCAGAUGACUCGCAUGAUCGAUCUGAUGGAAGAGUACCUGACAUACCGCAACUACAAGUAUUGUCGGUUGGAUGGUUCUACCAAACUGGAAGACCGUCGCGAUACUGUGCAUGACUUCCAGACGCGCCCCGAGAUUUUCAUCUUCCUGCUUUCGACGCGUGCUGGUGGUCUCGGCAUCAACUUGACGUCAGCUGACACGGUUGUCUUUUACGAUUCCGAUUGGAACCCAACCAUCGACUCGCAGGCCAUGGACCGCGCGCAUCGUCUCGGCCAGACGCGCCAGGUGACGGUAUACCGGAUGAUUACACGCGGUACGAUCGAAGAGCGCAUCCGGAAACGUGCCCUGCAAAAGGAGGAAGUGCAACGGGUGGUCAUCCAGGGCGGCGGUGCUGCCUCUAUGGGUGUGGACUUCUCGGGCCGUCGUGCUCAAGACAGUCGCAACCGCGAUAUCGCGCUGUGGCUGGCAGACGACGAGCAGGCCGAACUGAUCGAGCGUCGCGAGAAGGAAAUGCUGGAGAACGGGGAGUUGGACAAGGUGGUCAAGAAGCGUGGCGGCGGCAAACGCAAGCGCAAUGUCGACGUGGAUGGCAACGGUGCCAGCCUGGACGAGAUGUACCACGAAGGCGAGGGCAACUUCGACGACAAUAAGGCGUCAGGAACAGCAACGCCGAUCGAGGCAGCCACGACUGGCGGCGGAAGAAAGAAGCGUGUGAGCGUCAAGAAGGCCAAGACGACUAAGCAGCGUCUGGCCAUUGCCGACGGACACAUGGACGGCUGA